AUGUUGAUUGAAUCUGCAAAUGAUAGUAUUUUGAAGACAUUGAACUUGGGAUGUUUCCCCAAGAAUGUGUUGGACUUUCAAGAUAGUCAAGACUUUCUUCUGCAGUUGGUUUUCAUCGACUACCAAUUGCAGUUAUUGAUUCAAAACGAGUUUGACGGCAACGAGUUGGUGCCAGCCAAUGUUUGUAAACACAAAGAUAACGUGAACUGCCAGGAAAAGUUGACCCAAUUGAUUGGGUAUACCGAGCUGAUCACAAACAACUACAACCACAUAAAUAAGGAGUACCAAGAUAAGUUAUAUUGUUCAAUUUUAUUAGGACAUUUGUACUAUCUCAACUCCCAAACUGAUUUGAUGUAUGAAGUAUUGAACUCCAUUUCGGUUAACAACUCCCACUACCAUUCUCUGAAGUUGACGUCCAACCAGAAUGAUUUCCUCAAUUAUUUGAUUUGUCGGUUCAAUGUGUUGAUUGGGAUCGUGAAUCAUGGCCCGAAAUCUAACAGUUAUCAGUUGUGGAUUGAGUAUUUGUUUUACAAAGAGAGGCCUUUCAACAACACAAACGUUGCCGCCAAUCACUGGUUGGAGAUCAUGUUCAAAUACUUGAGUUUAACCAUCAACAACCACGGAGAACGACAGUUGACGUUUCUGGAUGUCAGUGCUUUGAAAUUCAAGGCAAACACAAAUUCAUUCAUUAGGUACUGUAACUUCUUGAUGAACUACAAGUUUGACAUCAACAUCAACAAGGUUAUUGACAAGGAUUUCAGGGUCGAGUACUCCCACUACUUGAACCAAUUGAUCCUCAAUGAGCUCAAAAGUGACAAAAAGAUCUUCCCCAAUGCUGAUGAGAACAACGAAGAAAUCGAAGACUUUGUGAGUAACUUCUACUCCACCAUAGGUAAAAAACACAAACUGUUGAUCAACUUAAAGACUAGUAAGAAGUACUUGGUGAGCUUAACCGAACGUACCUACCAAAGUCAGCUUGUAUUGAUGCAGUUGAUAAAGGUGUUGAUUGACUUGGGUGAAUAUGAUGAGGCAUUGGCAGCGCUUAAGACGUUUAUGAACUACGUCGACAAAGAACAGGAAGUCAACAACGGUCAUAUUCACGAUCUUUUGUCGAUUGUAGGACUUUAUUCAUUGUGUUUGACGAGAUUCAAUCCGUUGAACUCCAUCAAGGCAAAUCAUUUCAAGCAUAACACCUCCAAGAAGGUUGUGGCCGAGUUGUUCACAUUCAGUGAAAGGCUUUUAGGGUAUUUGUCUGUCUUGAAGCGUGAUUGCAACUUGAGUUACGAUGAGGAUGAACACUCACAGAGAUUCGAAGGUAAUCGUUUGUCUUUCUUGUACAACAAGUACAAUACGAACGUGUUGUUGGACGACAAAAGCCGGUUCAUUGAGUUGAUAAGCUCUAGUUGGUUCUCACUCGGAUAUUUCUACUACUAUUUGCUUGCAUUUGAAACCCCAAGUCAGGAAAUUGGCUAUUCAUACCAGAAGAAGUUGUUGUUGUACUACAAAAACAGUUUAAUUGUCAAUUCUACCGGGAACUCCAACUACUUAUUCAGCUAUGCAUUGACCUUGAGUUACUUCAAUGAGAUUACCAGCAGUUUGAAGUUAUGUAAGUUCAUAUUGAAAAAGUUUCCCGAGUCUUUCAAGACAUGGAAUUUGUUGUCAUUGGUGACCUCGAUCAACUCGCUCAAGGAGCUGGAGAAGUUCAUCAACAACUCCUUGAACAUUGCUGGUAUCUAUAUAAUCAAGUGCAAGAAUGAUGAGGUAGAAAUCCCAAUUUUCAUAAAAUCUGAAAUUCUUCAAUUGAAAUUGACCCAAUUGGCAAUAUGGGAAAGAUUGUACGGCACCUCAUAUAUCAUGGAGUAUUUGAGCGAAGUGUUCAUCUUGUUUUACGAACUAUUCAACGUCAAGUACGAAGAGCAAAUCUCGAGCGGAUCUAAGAACUAUCUUAUCGACUCAAAGUGGAGUCACAGGCCAAGCUUCAUCGACCCCAAAUACAUCAAGGACCCGGUGAUACAUACAACCAAGAAACAGAAUGCUAAAAACACCAUUAAAAAAAUCAGCAAGAUUAGCAAUGUUAAACAAGAAUUAAAACCUUUGCAUAAAGACACUAUUGACGAUGAAGCUAAACAAAUAUUACAUGAUAUAUGGUUGUGGUCAUCGAAAAUCUACUUCAAAAUUGGUAUGUAUGAAGAGAGUGAGUUAUGCAUCAUCGAAAGUGAAAACAUACACAAGCCAAAUGUCAAGACAUACAUUGCUUUGGGAUACUUGACAUCCCAACACCAAAAAUUCUUAUCAUUACAAGAGUUCGAGAAAUCGCUUGAAAAGUUGGAGGAAUUCAACGGGUUUGACAAGACCAGCUACUUGGAAAACUUGUUAGGAUUGUGUAAGUUAUUCUUACUUGACGACUCUACUGAAUCCUCCUUGUUCAUUUCUGCCAAAGACAUGAAUGGAGGAAUCAUCAGAUUGAAAAAUUACUUGGAGAAUUUUCUUAAUUGUUGGCCUAUUGGCUACAACUGUGUAGAGGUAUGGUAUUUCUUGAGCUUGAUCUACGAAAAAAUUGAUGACAAGAUCUUAUUGAACAAGUGUUUGAAGAAGUGUAUCGAACUCGAGAAUUUGCGGCCAGUCAGAAGUUUUUUCAGCUGCGACGAUAAUUUUUCAUGA